AUGAAGGUCGAGGAGCUUAUCAUUGAUGGAUUCAAGUCCUAUGCCACUCGUACUGUGGUGACAGGCUGGGAUCCACAGUUUAAUGCCAUUACUGGACUCAACGGAUCGGGAAAAUCCAACAUUCUUGACGCCAUAUGCUUUGUAUUGGGAAUCGCCUCCAUGUCGACAGUUCGGGCUUCCAAUUUGCAAGAUUUGAUUUACAAAAGAGGCCAAGCAGGUGUAACGAAAGCUAGUGUCACCAUAGUAUUUGAUAAUUCCGAUAAGGCCAAGUCACCUAUAGGCUUUGAAAACUCUGCCAAAAUAAGUGUCACGCGUCAGAUCAUCUUAGGUGGCACCUCUAAGUAUUUGGUCAAUGGGCACAAGGCUCAACAACAGACAGUGCUUAACUUAUUCCAGUCGGUUCAACUCAACAUCAACAAUCCAAACUUUUUGAUCAUGCAGGGCAAAAUCACAAAGGUCUUGAACAUGAAACCUUCUGAAAUCUUGGCCCUCAUUGAAGAAGCCGCCGGAACGCGUACUUUCGAAGAUAGAAAGGACAAGGCUCAAAAAACCAUGGCCAAAAAGGAAGCCAAGUUGGUUGAAAUCCGUAACUUGCUUCACGAGGAAAUCGAGCCAAAGUUGGAACGUUUCCGGUCGGAGAAACGUACGUUUUUGGAGUUCCAAAAAGUACAAACUGACUUGGAGAAGCUCAAUCGGAUCAUUGCAAGUCAUAACUAUGUGAUGUACUCGAAAAAGUUCCACCAUUAUUCUACUUUGCGUCUGGAGCACGAAUCCAUCAUGUCAUCUUUGACUUCACAAAUAGAUCGCCUAACUGAUGAGAUCAAAAAUCUUAAUGCAGAUUUAGAGCAGGUCAAGAAACAAAAAGAGAAUGACCUCUCGAAGGGUGGCAAAAUCGAAGCCUUGGAAAAGUCAGAAACGUCUCUAUCACACGAAAUUACCCGUCUUACAACAUCUCGUGACUUGACUAUGCAAACGGUAAAGGAAGAGUCAUCAAAGUUAGAAAACCUUCGAAAACAACUUUCUGAUUUGGAGAAUCAACUCUCGAGCAAUUCCAGCACCUUUUUCACCUUUGAAGAAGAUCACAAUGAGCGUACAUCCAAACUUGCCCAGUUGAAGGAAGAAUACAACAAAAAGGAAGAGCUUUUGUCUACUUUGUCUACUGGAGUAUCGGCGAAAGGAAGCACUGAUGGGGGCUACCUUUCGCAGUUGAAACAAGCGAAGGAAGAAUUAAACAAAAAACAAAACUUUAUCAAACAGUCAGUGUUAAAGAUUGGACACCUAAAUGAUAAAUUACAAAAUGAUACUACACGCCUUCAGAAAGCGAAAGAAGAGAACCUGUCUAUACUCCAGGAAAUCGAGACAUAUGAGAAAGAGAUUGCUGCCAAAGAAGAGAAAUUUAAAGCCUACGGGUACGACUUUAAGGCAUACACAGCUUUGCGCGAUCAGGAAAGCAUGAUACGCAAACAAGUGGAAGAAUACCACAAUCAACUAAAUCAUCUCCGAAGAGAGGUAGGUAAUAUUGAGUUCAACUAUACAAAACCAUAUCCGGAUUUCAAUGAAUCUUCUGUCAGGGGUGUCGCAAUUCAAUUGUUCAAUCUCAAUAGCGCGCAUAAUGAUAAAGCAUUAGCGCUUCAGGUUUGCGCUGGAGGAAGGCUUUAUAACGUGAUUGUUGAUAGUGUGAGUGCGGCUUCAGCACUUUUAGAGCGUGGCCAAUUAAAGCGAAGAGUGACAAUUAUUCCAUUGGAUAAGAUAUCUGCCAGAUCGCUACCGCCGAAUAUUGUUACAUAUGCCAAAGAGAAAUGCCCGGAAAAAGUGGAACUUGCACUCAAUUUGAUUGACUUUGAGAAUGAAUUGAGCAAAGCCAUGACGUAUAUUUUUGGUUCAACUUUUAUUUGCAUGGACCCAAAUACUGCCAAGGCUGUGACAUUUGAUCCGAAAAUUAGAGCACGCUCCAUCACUUUGGAUGGUGACAUUUAUGAUCCAGAAGGGAACCUAUCAGGCGGUUCUCGUAAACAGGGGUCCUCUAUUUUGCUUACCAUGCAAAAAUACAAUAGACUCGUUGCCCUGAUUAAGGACCUUGAGGCUAAACUUUCCCAAAUUCAUCAUGAGUUGAACCGUCUUGAAAAAUUGGGCCAUGAGACAAAGGCGUUGCAGAAUGAACUUAAUCUCAGUAAACAUGAGUUGUCGCUUCUUCAGCGUAAAUUGGCCAAUAAUCCUUCAUCGAUGAUCAUCAAGGAGAGCGAGUCCAACAUGAAAGAGAUAGAACAUCUCAACGCGAAAAUCGAAAUUGAGAAAACAGCAUGUGUCAGUUUGGAGGAUCAAAUUUCAAGCAUUGAAAAUGACAUCAAGGAGUUCAAUCAAGAUAAAGGUUUGAAAUUGAAGGAGUUGGAAGGUGAAUUGAAAGAAUUGAAGAAAAAGCUCUCGCAUCAAGAAGCAGAGGUCUCUAACCACAAGGAAAAAUACCAGUCUCUCCAAAUUGAAAUUGAACAACAGAAGACGGAUAUACAGGCGCUUAAAGAAGCAAUUGAAGCGACAGAAGUGGUAUUGCAGGAAGCAGAACAAACAAUUGAAACGACUGAUAGCCAGAUUUCUAGGCACAAUGAGGAGCUAGAGGUCCUUCAUACACAAUUGGAAGAUGAAAGGACCAAGAUGCUUGGUUUUAAUGAAGAGAUCAAUGAGGUGACAAACCUUUUGGCAACAAAGAAUGAAGAACUUAACCAAGCGCGACUUUCGAUCCAAAAACUAAAUCACGACUUGGAGAAAGCAAGUCACAAUACAACUGCGUUGAAAACUAAGCUUGAUAGCUUGAUCAAAGAAAAUGAAUGGCUCACUGACGAAAAUGUUACCAAUAGCAUUAUUCAGCAGUAUCCUGAUAUUAACAUCGAAGAUUACGAGAGCCAAGCAGCUGUACUUAGUGAGCGGUUUCAACACAUGAAACGUAAAGUAAACCCCAAUAUUAUGAGCAUGAUUGAUAAUGUGGAGAAGAAAGAAGCUUCAUUAAAGCAUAUGAUCAAAACAAUUGAGAAGGACAAAUCGAAGAUAGAAAACACCAUUGAAAAAUUAAACGGCUACAAACGUGACACGCUUAAUACCACAUACCAAAAAGUAUCUGACGACUUUGGUGACAUUUUCGCCGAUCUUCUCCCUGGAUCGUAUGCUAAGUUGGUCCCUUCCAACCCAAUGGAUGUUACUCGAGGUCUUGAAGUCAAGGUAAAGUUGGGACCUGUGUGGAAACAAAGUUUAGUUGAAUUAUCGGGCGGUCAACGUUCUUUGAUUGCAUUGUCGUUGAUUAUGGCGUUACUUCAAUUCAAACCAGCACCCAUGUACAUUUUGGACGAGGUAGAUGCAGCUUUGGACUUGUCUCACACGCAAAAUAUUGGCCAUUUGAUCAAGACAAGAUUUAAAGGGUCACAAUUUAUUGUCGUUUCUUUGAAAGAAGGCAUGUUCACGAAUGCCAAUCGUGUAUUUCGAACUCGGUUUCAAGAUGGUACUUCGAUGGUGUCGGCCAUGUGA